GAUAAUAUCAGCUGAUCAGGAUGCGUCUGUUCCUUGUCCUCCUGCUUGUGGCCCUGGUUCUGUUGCCGGAUUCCGACGCCUGGAGAAGGAGGGGGAGAAGGUGGCUAAGAUUCAGGGGUCGUCGACUUAUUGAUCGCGUUAAGGGCAUUUACAGAUUUUACCUGGAUCAUAAAGCCACAAUCGACGCAGUAAUUGCAAGCCUAGGCAAGCGUAGUAUCGAUGAUCUUGAUCAGAACAACGAUGGCAACAUUGACCAAUCAGAAGCUGAGGAACUGUUGGAGAGACAGGCAGCCGAGGAUCUACUUUCGUUUGCUGACGAAAAUGGAGACUCGGACGUGAGUGUGGACGAGUUCUCCAGAAGCAUCGAUAGCUUCCUGACCAUAGAUGCAGAUCCAGCUUUGCGGGAAGAGCACGGCGAAUUCAACUACAUAUGAUGCAGUGGAACAGGACGCAGAAUGAAGCAGAUCAACUUGUUG